UCCAACAAUUUUAAUUUAAAUUUUACCAACACACUCUUCUCGAACUCUCUCAGUUCACGAUUCAAAAUCAAAGACACAGGGAUUAGGGUUUCAACAUUCACGAUUCUCUCACGCCGCCGCAAUCGCCCGAUAGCCACCGCCGGCUGCAAGUUGUGAUUCUGUUGUUAUUGGAAAAUAAGGUGAAAUGACAGAGGAAAGUGAUAGUCAAGGGAACAAGUUGGAGAAGAAGAAACUACACAAGAAAAGUAAAAGGCCAAGAGACUGUGAAACCAGCAAUGGAGGUGAUGAUUCGGUGGUCACGGAAGAAAGGCAAGGCAAGAAGAUGAAGUUGGACAAGGUAUUCAGCAAGGAAGAUGGUAGAACUGAAGAUGAAGAUCAUGACCAAGGUAAGAAGAUGAAGAAGAAAAAGAAGCUGAGUGAAGAAACCAAACCAGAUGACCGAGGCAAGGAGAUGAAAAAGAAUAAGAAGGAGAAACUAAUUGAAGAAAGCAAAAGUGAGGAAGAGUAUAACAAGUUGAGAAGCAAUGAAGGUGAAGAUGGUGACCAAGGCAAGAAGAAGAAAAAGAAUAAGAAGGAGAAACUAAUUGAAGAAAGCAAAAGUGAGGAAGAGUAUAACCAGUUGAGAAGCAAUGAAGGUGAAGAUGGUGACCAAGGCAAGAAGAUGAAGAAGAAAAAGAAGCUGAGUGACAAGAGCAAAAGUAAGAACAGUGAGUUUAAUAGCAAUGAAGGCGAAGACAAUGACCGAGGCAAGGAGAUGAAAAAGAAUAAGAAGAAAAAAUCAAUUGAAGAAAGCAAAAGUGAGGAAGAGCAUAACCAGUUGAGAAGCAAUGAAGGUGAAGAUGGUGACCAAGGCAAGAAGAUGAAGAAAAAGAAGCUGAGUGACAAGAGCAAAAGUAAGAACAGUGAGUUUAAUAGCAAUGAUGGCGGAUCCUCUUUGGCUAGUGUUGAGGAAGGAGAUGCUAAAGCUUGUGGCGAUGUCACUGAAGUUGAUGAUCAAAGCAAGAAAAAGAAGACAAAAAAGAAAGCCAAGGCAGGUACUGAUGAAUCUACUAUUCCUGCAGCACAUGGCGAGAAGAUGAAGAAAAAGAAGCUGAGUGAUAAGAGCAAAAGUAAGAUCAGUGAGUUUAAUAGCAAUGAAGGUGAUCCCUCUUUGGCUAGUGUUGAGGAAGGAGAUGCUAAAGCUUGUGGCGAUGUCACUGAAGUUGAUGAUCAAAGCAAGAAAAAGAAGACAAAAAAGAAAGCCAAGGCAGGUACUGAUGAAUCUACUAUUCCUGCAGCACAUGGCGAAACAUCCAAACCCAAACGAGUAACUUUUUCUGAUCAAGUGGAGGUUUAUGGUGAUCAAGUGGAGGUUUGUGGUGAUCAAGUGGAGGUUUGUGGUGAUGAUGAUUUAGUGCGUGGGAAAAGGUUUACACCAGAAGAAGAUGAGAAGAUCAAAGAGGCUGUUUCUGACUAUAUAGAGUCUCAUGGUUUGGGAGAUGAAGGUCUAAAAAUGAUUCUCCAUUGCAUGUCACAUCCUGAAGUUAGAGGUUGUUGGAAGGAAAUUGGAGAAGCCUUGCCUCAUAGGCCUCAUCAGAGUGUUUAUUAUCGUGCUCAUAUUAUUUAUGAAAGGGAUGAGGCGCGUAAGUGGACACCUGAAGAGCUCGAUUUUUUACUCAAGGCCCAGGAUCAACAUGGAAGUGAUUGGAAAUUAAUUGCAGAAGCUUUAAAUAAACAUCGUCUUCAUGUGAAGGAUACAUGGCGGAGAAUAAGACGAACCAAUGCAAACACAGGACGUUGGUCCCAAGAUGAGUAUCAAAGGUUAUUUGAUUUAGUAAACAAAGAUCUAUGCGCAAGAGCUGCAGAGGAUUGUAGAAAAAAUAAACACGGUAUGUUGCGAGAUAAUGUUAGUUGGGAGGCAAUCAGUGAUGAGUUUGGCUCUAGAGCUAGUGCAUUGUGCUGCAUGAAGUGGUAUCAGCAAUUAACAUCACCAAUGGUUGCUGAUGGUAUAUGGAGUGAUACUGAUGACUACCGCCUGGUGAAUGCUUUAUAUGCUUUGGAUGCUUGCUCCAUGGAGGAGGUAGACUGGGACAAUCUGCUUGAGCACAGGUCUGGUGAUGUAUGUAGAAAACGAUGGCACCAAAUGGUCAGAAAUAUUAGAGAAUAUGCGGGGAAGUCUUUUGCUGAGCAGGUGGAAAUUCUUUCAAAGAGAUAUCGCCCUGACUUAGUGGAAGCAAGAGAGGCAUUUGAUAGCAAACCUGUGGUUGGUUGAGGUUAUGAUCCUGUAAGGUAAUUUUCUUAGGGUCAAAUAAUUUUGUAAAACUAGAAUGUAUGAUGUUUUUGUGGGAUUAUCCAAACUUUCUUUGCAAAUUAUUGAAGGCUAUGAUGUUUUUGUGGGAUUAUCCAAACUUUUUCUGCAAAUUAGUAACUGGAGUUUGUAUUGGAUGGAGGUUUAUGUUGUAAAAUGUAAAAUAUCAAUCUUGUUUACUGUCA